AGUCUCUGCAAUUCAACGAAAUUCUAUUUUACUCUUUCAAUAAUUGUGAAAUUUAACUGAAUUUUUAAAAUAAACUUCAAGAUGUCACGACACAGAAUUGUGCGCGGAAUGGACUACAACGACGAGUACGAUGGUUACGAUGACGUCUAUGGCCAUUCUGUUGACGACGAUUGCGUUUCGCCCACGGAUCAGCAAUGGCUUUUUGACCGGACUCGUGGACAACACAGUAUGUCAGCGUUUAUAAAGAAGAAUAAGAAUAUUCAGGAGGAAGCAGAGGACGACGAAGAUUACGAUGAGGAGGACGAGGAAUAUCAAAAGGCUCGCAGAGAUUCGGAAAAUUUUCAAAUGCCGGAGCUGGAUGAUACAGCGCAGGCGAAGCUCAGUUCUUGUGUGGAUGAAGUGAGAAGUGUGGUGGGGGAUGCAGUCUCUGAGCGCCGCAUUGUUGAGACUUCUAUGCGUUUCGACUACGACAUACAGAAAAUACUCGAUGAAAUACUAAACGAGGAGACAAAAAAUAAAGACAAGGGCAAGCGUCCGCCAAAGUUGAAACUAAAUACGACGCCAGCUGCAAAGACUAUAACAGCGCCUAAGCCUACGCCCACGAAGAUCACUCUCUCCACAGUGAAGGAGGCCAGACGUGGUUUUGACGUCGCCUCACCCAAAGCGCCAGCGUCACCAAAUGUGUCUGGUCGGAAUACGCCUACCGAAGUAGGUGACGAGGCAGGACGUUGUACUAAUGUCAUAUUCAAAGUUUCCAAGGAUCAGGCACAGCGUAAUACCCAGCAGUUAUACGAUCAGGAGCGCUCCUCACAAAAGAGUCAAAUACACAUGAUUGUUAUUGGACACGUUGACGCAGGCAAAAGCACUCUGAUGGGCCAUUUGCUUUAUGACACGGGAAAUGUUUCACAGCGAUUAAUGCACAAGCACGAGCAGGAGUCAAAGAAACUGGGUAAGCAGAGCUUCAUGUACGCCUGGGUGCUAGAUGAAACAGGCGAAGAGCGUGCCCGUGGCAUUACUAUGGAUGUUGGCCAGUCACGCAUAGAGACAAAAACAAAAAUUGUGACGCUGCUCGAUGCGCCUGGGCACAAAGAUUUUAUACCCAACAUGAUAUCAGGAGCAACGCAAGCGGAUGUGGCGCUUCUUGUCGUUGACGCGACACGUGGUGAAUUUGAAUCUGGAUUUGAAUUGGGUGGGCAGACCCGGGAACAUGCUAUACUUGUUCGCUCGCUGGGUGUUAAUCAGUUGGGCGUGGUAAUCAAUAAGUUAGAUACAGUGGGCUGGUCCAAGGAGCGUUUUCUAGAGAUCGUUCAUAAACUGAAAUCUUUUCUAAAGCAGGCUGGAUUCAAGGAAUCUGAUGUCAGUUUUACGCCUUGUUCCGGUUUAACGGGCGAAAAUCUCACAAAAAGUGCUCAAGAGCCAGGUCUAAAAGCCUGGUACGACGGACCGCAUCUUCUGGAUGUUAUUGAACACUUUAAGGUACCCGAACGCGCGGUUAACCGGCCAUUUAGGAUGUCCGUAACGGAUAUCUAUAAGGGUACAGGAUCUGGAUUUUGUAUUUCGGGUCGUAUUGAGACGGGUGCACUCUGUGUCAACGAUAAGGUGCUGGUAGGUGCUAGCCGAGAACAGGCACAGGUCAAAUCCUUGAGCAUUGAUGACCUAACUCAGACCAGUGCAUUUGCCGGCGAUCAGAUCUCCGUAACACUAGGCGGCGUUGAUAUGAACAACAUUACUGUGGGCUGUAUUAUAUAUGAUCCACAAAUGCCAAUCCCUGUCACCACCCGAUUUCAAUGUCGUAUAAUCGUAUUCAAUGUAAAAGUGCCAAUUACAAUAGGGUAUCCGGUACUGCUCCAUCACCAGUCACUGAUCGAGCCAGCUGUUGUCUGCAAGCUGACUGCAUCCAUUCACAAAAGUACCGGCGAGGUGAUGAAGAAGAAGCCUCGUUGUCUCGGACAGAAUUCGUGUGCUCUGGUCGAAUUGGAGACCUCGCGUGCUAUUUGUAUUGAAAGAUAUUCCGAUUAUAAGGAACUUGGGCGCGUUAUGUUGCGCGUUGCAGGCGUCACAAUAGCUGCCGGAAUGGUCACUAAAAUUCGCUGAGUGCUUGCUAUCUACGAAUACGAAAUUUUAGUUAAUCUUAUUAUUUGUUGUAAAUAAAUAAAAGCUAAGUUUAUAAAACCCCACUA